GGACGACAACAUGGCGGCCUCCUUGCGUCUGGGUCGUCAGGGAAUUUUAUUUGGCCUCAAAUUAUCUAAAUUUAACAAAUGUUUGUGGGCCACUCACUCGGGGCAGGAGCACGCUAGACACUUCUUCCAGUCAUCAUGGCUGCUCGGUGUCGCCCCACUCAAAGUGCAAAUGCCAGCUCUCUCCCCAACCAUGGAGGAGGGAAACAUAGUCAAAUGGAUGAAGAAGGAAGGUGAGGCAGUGGCAGCAGGCGAUGCCCUCUGUGAGAUUGAGACAGACAAGGCUGUUGUUACAAUGGAAUCUAAUGAGGACGGUGUGUUGGCAAAGAUCUUGAUGGAGGAGGGCAGUCGCAAUGUGCGCCUGGGCACUCUCAUUGCCGUGAUGGUGGAGGAAGGGCAGGACUGGAAGCAGGUUGAGAUUCCCCCUCCAGAUGUUGCACCUCCAUCUGCAGCUCCACCCACUACACAUGAAGCUGCUGCCCCAGUUGUGACCCCCGCUGCUCCCUCUUCACAUCCUUCACCAAAACCAGCCCCCUCAGGACCGUUACGACUGAGCCCAGCAGCAAGACACAUCCUUGACACCCAUGGUUUAAACCCCAAAUUGGCCACACCCACUGGACCUAGAGGACUUAUCACCAAGGAAGAUGCGUUGAAUCUUUUGAAGAAGUCUCCUGCCCCCAAAGAAACGCCUGUCAUUGCUGCUCCUGCUGCCCCGAGUCCUGUCACUGUCCCUCCACCUCCAGGCAGCAGACCCAACAUACCGCCUCUAUCUGUACCAGGGAAGCCAGGAGCACCGGGCACUUUCACAGAGAUCCCAGCCUCAAAUAUCCGCCGUGUGAUUGCUCAACGACUAACGCAGUCAAAGACCACCAUCCCCCAUGCUUACGCCUCUGUUGACUGCGACAUGGCUGCUGUCAUGCAGCUUCGCAAAGACUUAGCCAAAGAACAGAUCAAAGUGUCUGUCAAUGAUUUCAUUAUCAAGGCAGCUGCUGUCACACUUAAAGAGAUACCAGAAGUGAACGUGACCUGGUCUGGUGAAGGACCCCGUGCACUUGAUUCAGUCCACAUUUCAAUCGCUGUGGCAACCAACAAAGGCCUAAUUACCCCUAUCAUCAAGGAUGCUGCAAACAAAGGAGUCCAGGAGAUCUCAACUAACGCAAAGGCGCUGGCCCAGAAGGCUCGAGAUGGGAAACUUCUACCUGAGGAGUACCAGGGAGGCUCAUUCAGUAUAUCUAACCUGGGGAUGUUCGGUAUCAGCGGCUUCAGCGCCGUCAUUAACCCUCCUCAGGCAUGUAUCCUUGCCAUUGGGACCUCCAGGACCGAGCUACAACUGUGUGAAGACGACCAGACCUUGCGCAGCCAGCAGCUGAUGACUGUUACAAUGUCCAGUGACGGACGGCUAGUAGAUGAUGAAUUGGCCUCACGAUUUCUUGAUAAGUUCCGAGCCAAUCUAGAACAACCACAGCGCAUGGUCCUAGCCUAAAAAAAUGAAGAGAUAAUUGUAUUAAAGCACUGGAAAGAAAGACUAAACAAACAAACUCCUGCAUGACAAAGCCUGUCUCAUGCCUCCACAAGCAGAGAACUGCAAAAAGUUGAUUCCUAGUCGUGCUUGAAUUAAGGCUUACAAAGUAUUCUUGUACAUAGUGUAAAACUUCUAUUUGUGGCUUGCGUUUGACCAAUAAUUACUAAGCUUUGUGAUGGAGGAGUUAAACUUGGCUUCUGCUAGAGGGCUGGAGGAUUCUAGCAGUGGUGCCAAAUAAUUAGCAAGACAGACGUUGCAUCGCAGGGUGCAUCCCACAUAUACGGGGUGGUUGUACUAUCACACCAGUGUUUGUGUAUAUAUAUAAAGUAGUUAUUCCAUUUCAAGUUCUGUUUUUCAGUCCCUCAAUCUGCUCUCUGUCACUAUUAAUACACAUGCAAUUUGUACAUUUGUCAAAGAUAUUUAUUACAUAAGGCCAGCAGCAAUUCAAUUUCCAUUGAGGGUAAAUCCACACGAACCAUUUCCUGUUGUAACUAAAUUCAAACACUAUUCAAGAGUUAAUUUAAUCACUCAUGUUAAUAUGUUUUAAUUUAUUUAAAACAAACAUUGUGACAUCCCUGAAAACUAAGUCCAUGUGUAUACAAAAUAAAUACCAUCCUUUUAAAGUUUUGCUGUCUUAACAUGCCAAUAAAACAUACUGUUCAACCAUGAAA